CACAGACACACGUAGGUGAUGGUGGUGGUGGUGCAGGGGGGUGAAGCAUUACUACCAGCCAGGCAGGCAGGAGGCCACCUCCAGGGCUCUCAAGUUUCCGUUACUUGGUUCUCAACAGUGUAACGUUACAUCACCAUCCGUUACUUUGUACCCAAUAUCCUGCCGCCUCGAGCGCUGCUGGCCAGAUGGCGUCUCGCGGUAAUCUCCUUAGCGCUGCGUGCAGCAUGUUCUGAAUGAGAGAGUGCCGGGUGCUGGGACGACGGACAAAAUAACUCAAGUCAUGUUUGGGAAGGACUAUUUUUUUCAACAGGAGCCGUGUCUGCUGACAGACAGGUGUGUGUGUGUGUGUGUGUGUGUGUGUGAGUGCAGGAAUACAGGUAGCUUGUUUUCGUGCCAGAGCAACAAGUUGAAUGUGUCUUGACGCUGCGUUUGUGAUGGGGAUAGAGCUUUGUGCUGGGAGUCCGCAGCGACAGAUUGUGAAAUCCUACCUAUCAUGUGAAGGCUUUGGUUGUGGUUUGUGUGUGAGUGUGGGUGUGUGUGUGCGAGGGACAGAGACAGUGUAACAGAGAGCUAAGCUUCGUAGCCUCACCCCAGGGGCACUGGCCUGUAAAAAAUGUCCCUGUAACCCUGGAACCAUGAAACCAUGACAGUCAUCACUUAUUCAAGUGCUGCUGGAAGGCUUCCGAAAGAAAUCCAGGUUCUUGAACAUCCCUGUGACUCCGGGAAUGUUCCAGUACCUCUGUUCGAGAUUGUAGAACCUCGUACCAUGCUGGACCCCUCCGAAAAUCCAACUCGAGAACCUUGUGGGGUCAAGGGCCAGAGAAGGAUUGAACAGGGAGAUGACGAGAGAGGAGCAAAGGGAGGGAUAGUGAAAAGGAGGAGACAAACAUGGGUGAGAGGAUUCAGCAGAGAGAGGAUGAAUAGAGGAAGGAGAGAGGAGCAGUGUAACUUAAGGAAUAAAUGUAACAAGCAAGUUAGAAAAACCCUAAAAAGUGGGAGGGAAUGUGUGGAAGGAAGGCACAAGAGCAGGACAGAUGUCUCUUGGACAGGUGAAAUCAAGCAACGGGAGGAGAGGAUGGGGGAACGGAAAAGAUGGCCUGUUUUUCCUCGGCCAUUUCACCUGAACAACAUUACUGAAGGAGAAGUGACGAGCGGGACAAUCACAAUGAAAGGGAUGAGGAGGCAUCAUAUCUUUCUCUGGUUCACUCUCCUCCUCUUCAGCCUGUGUCCAAAACCUGCUUCAUCACAGGGACGUUUCCCACGAAUGGAGAACAUUGCUGCCUUCAAACCCGUGUCCACUUCGCCGGCUCGUUCUACCUGUGGGGUUCCAGAGCGGAGCAGCUACUGUCAGUCACCGUCCUCUCAGUCUGAGCUGAUGACUUGUUCUCAGGCCUUCUGUGUCCAUGAAUGUUCCUAUAGAUCCUCCACACCCCCGUAUGCCCCAUUGCUACUGCCUGCACACAGGGGUACCUGUGUAACAGAAGACAGUGAUGACACUCAUCCUGGAACUCAGACAGAGACUGGAACCACUACCAGUUCACCAAGGGUUUCAGGUGGAUCCAGUAGCGUGCUGUUUCGGCCAGUCCGGGAUGGAUGUCUGGUCUCUCCCCCUUCACAGAAUCUAGGAGCGUUGGGUUCCCUCACCCUGGCAUUGUGGAUAAAACCAAGCUCUCCUGGAGAGAUGAUGCUGCUGGAGAAGAGCUCAGAGGAGCGGUUAUUGUUUUCUGUGACAGUGUCUGAGCAGGCGGUCACCCUGCGCUAUGGUCAGUCCAGCAGUCAAACUCCUCUGAUGGUCAGCUUCAGAACAGAGGGGAGGAUUACAACGAAGAGGUGGACACACCUUGUUUUGCAGGUCCAUGACAGACGUGUGAGUCUAUUCCUGGAUGGGCUUGAGGAGGACGGGACACCCUUUGACACACAACCUCUGACUGCCAGGCUCUCUGAUAUUAGUGAGGAUGAUGCCAUGUGGGUGGGACUCAGCUCUAACGGGUCUAAUCAGUUCAUUGGGUGGAUGCAGGACUUUAGAUUUUAUCCUGCCACCCUGACCAACAGGGAAAUAGUGGAGGUGUAUUCAGGGGUCCUGCCCGAGCUCCAUGCCCAGUCAGAGUGUCGCUGUCCUCCCAGUCACCCCAGAGUACACCCUUUAGUUGAGAGAUACUGCAUUCCGAGUGGUGUUGAGGACACCACCAAUGACAGAGUCUUAAGGCUCAACCUUAAUGCCCAUCCACUCAGUUAUAUCAAUGAUCAGGACUUGGGCACCACAUGGCUUUCUAAGAUCAUGACAACACAGGAACUGGAUGAAGGAGUCACUAUUACUGUGGAUUUGGCUAAUGGACAAUACCAGGUGUUCUAUGUUAUAGUCCAGUUUGGUGGCCUCUUGCCUGAGUCAGUUCGGAUUCAAAGACGUAAGCUUCACCUAACGGAACCUGACAGUGGCACCACCACAGAACAACAGCCCUGGUUGGACUGGCAGUAUAUGGCAAGAAACUGCAAUGUGUUUGACAUGCAGAACAAUGGGCCUUUAUUGAGACCAGAUUCGGUCAACUGUCUGCAGCUUCCAAGUGACGUGUCCUACUCAGGAGGUAACAUUACAUUCAGCUUGCUGACUCCAGAGCCAAACCUGAGGCCAGGCUAUAAUGACUUCUACAACAAUCCUGCCCUACAAAAGAUGGUACAUGCCACCCAGGUCAGGAUACACCUGAGUGGACAAUACCACACCAGAGCAGCUGAGGUGAACCAGCGACACAGAUACUAUACCAUCAAUGAGGUCACCAUCAGUGGCAGAUGUGAGUGUCACGGCCAUUCCGACCACUGCGAUACCAGUGUGACGCCAUACCGCUGUCUGUGUCUGCCUGAGAGCCACACAGAGGGAAACAAUUGCCAGCGUUGUGCACCCCUCUACAAUGAUAAGCCAUUUAGGUCAGGAGACCAGCUCCAACCUAUGAACUGCCGGUCUUGUCAGUGUCAUGGUCACGCCCUCUCCUGUCAUUACGAUGUCAGAGCCGAUGACCAACCAGAUGAACACUAUCGAGGAGGAGGAGGCGUCUGUGACAACUGCAUGCACAACACCACAGGUAGAAACUGUGAGCUGUGUAUGAGUGGCUUUUUCAGGCUGGAGGAAUCUAAUCCCACUUUACUUGAUGUGUGUCAGCCUUGCAACUGUCACACUGCUGGAACAAUCAACGGCAGCAUGACGUGUGCCCAGGCAGGAGGUCAGUGUCAAUGUAAGGUUGCUGUAACAGGUCGUCGGUGUGCAGACUGUUCGCCUGGUUGGUAUGGUCUUAAAGCCUCAAAUCCAAACGGCUGCUUCCAGUGUAACUGCAGUGACAUUGGCAUCGUCAGCCCCUCAGCUGGAGGAAUUCCCAGUUGUAACCAGGAUACGGGGCAGUGCCGAUGUAAACCCCACGUCACAGGUCUUUCUUGUGACCGCUGUGAGUUUGGUUAUUGGAAUCUGUCCCACCCAGACGGCUGCCUCCCAUGUGACUGCGACCCCCUGGGUUCCCUCAGCCCAUUCUGUGAGCCUGAGGGGGGGCAAUGUGAGUGUAAGCCUGGGGUAGGGGGCCAGCGCUGUGACUCUUGUGGCAGGGGUUCGUAUGGUUUAAGACUGGAGGGGUCCUGUGCCCCCUGCAACUGCUCACAAGAAGGAACAGUACCUGGGACAGACUGUGAUCCUCACACAGGACAGUGUGUGUGUAAGGAACAUGUGGAAGGCCGUCUCUGUGACUCUUGUCGCCAUGGCUACCACACCCUGGAGCAGCGAAACUCCCUGGGCUGUCUGCCGUGUGCGUGUGACAUUCAUGGCACUGUGCCAGGAGGUGUAUGUGAUAUGUGGACUGGACAAUGCCCAUGCCGAGAGGGGGUGCACGGCGCACAGUGUACCAACUGUGCCCACAACUACUACAACAGGAGUUUACAUCUCCAGCAGGGGUCCUCCCAUGGCUGUGUACCAUGUGUCUGUGACCCCAGAGGAACAGUGACGGGGUCAGUAUGUGACAGCACCACCGGGCAGUGUGUUUGUGUCUCUACACGCUUUGGACAGGACUGUAGCGGCUGCCGACCUGGCUUCUACCUUUCUCCAGAUCACAGCAUGUGUGCAGAGUGUGACUGCCAUCCCAUGGGAGCAUCGCAGCGUGGUUGUGAGAGCCAGACGGGACAGUGUGUGUGUGCCCAUCCUUCAGUGGGAGGGCGGCGCUGUGACGAAUGUCGUGAGAUGUUCUUCGGUUUCAACCCUGGCCUGGGCAGAUGCCAACCUUGUGCAUGUGACCCAAUGGGCAGUGUCAAUGGUUCAUGUCAUCCAGACUCAGGGGUGUGUGUGUGUAAGCUACUGGUAACUGGAGACAAGUGUGAUGUAUGUCAGCCUGGAGCAAUUCAUUUCGACCCUGAGAACCACUUUGGCUGCAGCAAAGCACCUUCCCAGCAACCUGCACCAGCAGGUUUUGCUCUCAGUUAUUCUUCCAUUCAUCUCUCUUGGCAUCCACCUGACUCCCCAAACUCAAACCAACUCAACUACACACUCAUUAGGGAUGGACAGUCAGUUUAUAGCAUCCAAAGUCACUAUCCUUUCAGCCCUGGAUUAUUUGAAGACACCGGUUUGUUUCCCUACACCAACUACUCUUACUGGCUCAUAACAGCUAAUGUGGCUGGUGCGACAACAAGUGCGUUAGCCUCAUACCAAACUUUAGGUGCACCACCUGAAGCAGAACAUCUCCAUUUAAACCUUAUGGGACGACCCGGUCCUACCACCGCUAGCUUUAACUGGAGCACACCACGAAACGACACAGGCCCAGUGGAAAGGUUUGUGCUAUCCUCCACGGAGUCAUCUGUUGGAGCAGAGCCUGUCAUUCACUACACAGGCUUAUCUACAGAGGCUGUGGCAAGCGGUCUAAAGCCCUUCACCCAGUACACUGCAGUACUGCAGGCGUGCUCUUCUGGGGGAUGUACUUCUACCCCACCACUGUCUCUUCUGACAGCCUCUGCCCCACCACAAAACCAACCCCCACCCAGAAUCACUGCUACAGGAUCUUAUACACUGCAUGCUUCCUGGGGGCCCCCCAGUCAGCCAAAUGGCGUUAUCACAAGGUAUGAAGUCUUUCUACGUGGACCAAUGGACUCAAAGAACUUCUCAAGUCCAAAUGCUGAGAAGAGAGUGUUCUUCAGCUCUGGUUGGUUUGAUCCAAGUGUUUCCCCAGAAGCACAGUCAGCCAAUAGGAGCACAGUCGCACCCCCUAAGAACAGUGCCAGUAUAUCAGAUCUACAGGCGUUUUCCACCUAUCAGAUGAGAGUUGUGAGCGUCAAUAUGGCAGGAAAUGUCACAUCAGAGUGGACCACAGCACGCACCAUGGAGGGAGUCCCAGAGUUGAUAGCGCCUCCAGAAGUGUCUGCCCUGUCGUCCACCAGUCUCAAAGUUGAGUGGAACACCACUGAAGGUGAAGGGAUCAUCGCCAGAGGACGAGUCACAGAAUAUCGGGUCAACUUGCUUACUGAACAGACAAACUAUCCCUAUGCUCCUCCAUAUAUUAGUCAGGUUUUACAUCGUGUGGGACCAUCGUCACAGCCUAUUUAUGUAGUGAAAGGAUUGAAGCCUUAUCAUGUGUACAACUUCACUGUUACACUCUGCACAAACACAGGCUGCAUUACCAGUCUGCCAAGCACAGGACGGACCCUACCAGCAGCUCCGACAGGACUCUCUCAACCUCAAUUUUAUCCAGUAAAUGAAACCGCCAUUCAGUUAGACUGGGACCCACCAGCGCAACUCAAUGGACCACACCCACUAUAUCAGGUGGAGAGGACAGACGUCUCUUUAUCUGACCCACAAGAUCCUGUUGUCAGAGGAACCAGAUUCCCAGGAAACAGUUACCACCAGUUUCCCAGUGACACCCUUCCUGUCAACACUGACUUCACAGGUGUUCAGUUGAGUUUCAAGACUCGAUCCCCACAUGGCCUGCUGCUCUGUGCGUUCUCUCCGGGAAAUCAGGAAGAGUUCCUGGCUAUUCAGAUCAAAAAUGGACGCCCUUACUUUCUGUUUGACCCACAGGGCUCAGCGGUGGCUGUGAGUGUGCAGGGUGAUGGAGGGCACCGCUACAAUGAUGGACAAUGGCACAGCAUCAUAGCAACAAGGCGAGGGGCCGUGGGAACAAUCGUUGUAAACAAUCAAUACAGAGGAAGUGCAUCAGCUUCCAGCGGCAGCACAAUUAUUGGUGAGAACACGGGGGUAUUCAUUGGAGGGCUGCCUGAAGACUUUACUUUGUUAAGAGAGGAUUCAGGUGAUGCCCGACUAGUGCGACAGGGAUUCUCUGGCUGCCUCAGAGAUGUGAGUUUUAAGAUGACUGGCGGCCCCAGAGAGGAAUGGAAAUCUCUGGAUUGGGCAAAAGCCACAAAGAAGGUGGCAGUGUAUGAAAGCUGGGAGGGAUGCCCUGCUCAAACUGAGGAUGGAGCCCAUUUUCUGGGUCAUGGUUACCUGGAGAUUAGCGGAGAUGUAUUCAGUGGAGGACAGGACUUUGAGAUUUCUAUGGAUUUCAGAACAGAUCAGCUCAAUGCACUUUUGCUCUUUAUAUACAGCACACAAAGUGAAGACUAUAUGCUAGUGGAGCUGGAAGGUGGCCUCCUGUUCGUCAUUCUUGCCUCUGAAGGUCACGUGACUGAAUUCAGCAUGUGGGCGGGGCUUAGUUACUGCGAUGGUGACUGGAAGCAGCUUACAUUAGCAAAACGCGGCUCGCUCAUCUUUGCUGCAGUUAAUGACUGGGCAGAGGAGACAACGGUAAUGGGAGGAGCAGUGCGGCUGAGAGUUGAUUCGCCAUUGUACUUGGGGGGCGUGCCAAGGAAUCUCAUCCAUCCUGCUCUGAACAGCCAAAGUCACAAACACAGCCUAGGAGGAUGCAUAAGGGGUCUUACCAUACGAAGUGAUGAAAAAAACCCUCCUGUCAGUCAAAGUGUUAUUCUCUCUGUUGCUUUCCGCCGCUCUGUUAGAGUCUACUUAGACGGUUGUCCCACCAGUGAAAGCCGUUACAACUGCAGAGGAAACGAUUCAGUGUUGGUGUAUAGUGGGAAGAAGACACAAGCCACAGAUUAUAGUCUACAGCCUUUCACUGAGUACUUGUACAGGGUUGUGGCCUUGGCUGCAGGAGGUUGGGCAGUUGGACCUUGGCAGAGAGGACGCAGUCAUAGCAGAGUACCAACGUCUGUGCCACCUCCGACUACAGUGCAGAGCUUGAAUGGCUUCAGUGCCAUGGUGAGCUGGUUGCCACCCACUGGUGACAUCAGAGGGCUGAUUGACAGAUAUGAAUUGAAGGCCUACAAUAGAGACCAGCCAGAAGUACCACCUGUCAAAGCCAUCUAUCUGGCUAAUGGAAAUUUCACAGGUGUGCUGCCGGGUCUCACUCCAUCCACUCGAUACAUUAUCACUGUAAGUGCCUGUAGUCCUGUUGGCUGCACUGAGAGUCUUCAUAAUGACGAUGGUGAUGAUAAUGAUUUGAGAUCGAGCCUCACGACCCCGGAGGAAGUUCCAGCCGCUGUCUCUCCUCCGGCUGCAGUCUCAUCCCCUACAGCUCUCUAUGUUAACUGGGAACCUCCAGCAAGGCCCAACGGAGGCAUUACAGAGUACCUCCUCUAUCACAACAACCAAAUGGUCUACAGGGGGAAAGACAGACAACACAACAUCACUGGUCUUGGUGUGUAUUCCACCCAUGUCUUUGUACUAAGUGCUUGCACUUCAGUGGGCUGCACUAACAGUUCACAGGUUACUAUGCUGACCUCUCAGCUUCCUCCUGGGCCUCUACAAGCACCAACUCUUACCCUACUGGACUCACGGACCAUGCUGGUGGAGUGGUCACGUCCCUCUCAGGUUAAUGGCGCUUUGGAGUUCUAUUCCAUCUUCCUGUCACAUGAUGGUGCAGAGCCUGUGUUGGCCUAUAACAGCUCAGAACUUUUUGAAGACCACACACUCCGCAACCUCACUCCUGGAACAGCUUACACCAUCACAUUCGCUGCCUGCACAGGAGGUGGGUGUACCUUAAGUCCUCCCAGCCACGUUCAGACUGAGGAGAGCACCCCAGAGAGUGUUCCUGCUCCGCUGGUCACCCCUUUGUCCCCACAUGCACUCAACGUCAGCUGGACACCUCCUGACACUCCGAAUGGCAUAAUAACCAGCUAUGGUCUCUGGCUGGAUGGAGUUCUCAUUUUAAACUCUAGUUCUUCCCAGAGGGUCUCUGUGGUGGAGGGACUCUCUCCAUGGAGCCGACACAUACUCAGGCUGCAAGCCUGCACAGCACGGGGCUGUGGCAAAGGUCCAAUGGUUGAGGUGCAUACAUUAGAGAUGGCUCCAGAAGGCCCUAUACUGCUGGAACUGGCCAAUCAGAGCUCUCGAUCAGUCCGAGUGCGCUGGACAGCCCCGCCUAGACCGAAUGGGAACCUCAGCUAUACACUGUACUACAAAAGCAAAGAUGGUGAUGCUGUGUUGGACGGAAGUACAGCAACAGGAAGUUGGUUUUCUGUGACUGAUCUGCGGCCUUACACUAACUACAGCUUCUGGAUCAGAGGCUGUAACACACAGGGUUGUGUUGAGAGCCUGCCAAUGAAUGUCACUACACCCCCAGCAGCCCCAGAUGGGUUGUCACCUCUGAGGUUGGGUCAUGCAACUAGUGCCAGCCUGAAUGUAUCCUGGUCCGCCCCUGCCCACUCCAAUGCACCAGGCCCAGUUCGUUACAGCCUGCAAAUGAGGACAUCCCCACAGAGGCCUGUGAUAAGGCUUUUGGAAAACGCAACAGACACCUUUUCCUAUAACCUAGAGGGCCUGAUGCCGUACACACUGUACGCUUUUCGAGUGGUGGUUUCACACACACAUGGGCAGACAGUCGGCCCCUGGGCAACCCUGCUCACCGCCGAGGACAGCCCAGGACCAGUGGACACUCCAGCUGUAUCAGGGCUCCAUCCUCGAAGUGCAACAGUUUCCUGGGUUCCUCCCGCCCAACCAAAUGGCAUUAUCACUAAUUAUACCCUCUAUCUUCGCCCCAGCUCAGUCUCCAGCACCAGCACAGCACUUAACUCCAGUUUAGGUCCUAACCCAAGCCGACUGCACAGCACUGAGGGUGCAUAUCUUAACUCAAGUCAUAACCAAAAACCCAGUCAUACCACCCCAGGCACAAGCUUGUCUUCUGCCAACACACACAGUAAUGACAGCUCAGUAACUUUCCAUGCCACAAGACCCAACCUUCACCCUGUCACAGAAGACAACCGGAUCAAAUCUACUCAUGUAAGCAAUACAAGCCAAGGCCCCAGUUCCAUCUCAUUCCAUACCACUACCGCCAACGUAAACUCAAGUCCCAGUCUUUUACUGUCAAGCCCGUACAGUGCAGCCAGCUCGAAUACGGGGCUCAUUCUACAACAAGACCCAUUCUUCAGUGCAGCUUCAGCUUCAAGUUCAUCCCCUUUAUUAGUCACUGUUCCAGGGAACACCACAACCUUCACAUUCCUCGACCUACUGCCAUACCAGACCUACAGCCUCCAGGUGGAGGCAUGCACCAUUGUGGGUUGUUCAGUGUCUGGGAUGUCUCAGAGCUUUCGUACCCUCCCAGCUCCACCUGAAGGGGUUCCUGCACCUCACCUUUACUCUGACACCCCCACCUCUGUUCUCCUAUCCUGGGGUGCACCGGAGAGGAACAAUGGGCCACUUGAGCGAUGGCUGAUUGAGCGCAGAGUUGCUGGGACCGAACAAGUCUCCACAGUGGGCCAACUGCCACCAGACCCUCCCCCUCUUUCCUUCCUGGACUCUUCAUCAGCUCUCAGUCCCUGGACUAACUACCAGUAUCGACUUGUGCUCCAUAAUCAGGCUGGCAACACCACGGGACCCUGGGUCAGUAUCACCACCAGGCCUUCGCGGCCAGCUGGUCUCAGUCCACCGAGGGUGAAGGUCUUGGGGCCAGAGUCAAUCCAGGUCACAUGGUCUCCUCCUCUUAUUCCCAACGGAGAAAUCCACAGCUAUGAGAUUCGCCUCCCAGAACCCCACGUCUUCAAUGAUGGUGGAAAUGCAUCUGAGUUCAACAUCACAAUUACGGACCUCAUCCCAUACACAAACUACAGUAUCACUGUGUUGGCGUGCUCCAUGGGUGGUGGACAUGUUGGAGGAUGUACAGAAAGCCUGCCCACUACAGCUACCACACUACCAACAAUCCCAGAAGGCCUUGAACCACUGGUUGUCGUGCCAGUCAGUGAGUCUUUCCUGGCCAUUUCCUGGCAACCGCCAAGCAGGCCCGAUGGACCUAACAUCAGAUACAAGUUGCUCAGACGUAAAACCCACCAGCCCCUGGCCAUUGCCACGGUCCCCACGGUAACAGCCACGUCCCCUCCCCCCUCUGAAGAUCUCCAUCGUUGGCUCCAUGUUUACUCCGGCACCAAAUUGUUCUACCAAGAUAAAGGCCUAAGCAGAUUCACCCGUUACCAGUACCAGUUAGAGGUACAUAAUGACGUGGGCUACUCCUCAGGAGAGAUUGUAACCGCUGUGACUAUGGCGGGGCUUCCCCACCACCCUCCAUCUCUGUCUGCCCACGCCAUCAAUCACACCUCUGUACAGGUCAACUGGACACAACCCUCUCUGCAAGACCUGCAGGGAGAGGUGGAAUCUUACUUCCUGACAAUAGAGUCGGCACAGUCAAGUCAAAUCUUGACUUUUCCCGCUGAGAUCAUCUCCACAGUGAUAAGUGACCUCUGGCCAAGUACGACAUAUCAAGUGUCAUUACAGGUGUCGAACGGAGCACAUAACACAUCCAAAGCAAUAGUUAAUGUCACCACAGAAGAUGGAGAGCCAGAAGGGGUGUCUGCCCCAGAGGUGGUUCCAGUUAACAGCAGCACAGUCCGUGUGCUCUGGUUCUCUCCUCUAAGGCCCAAUGGAGCAAUUACUGGUUACUACAUCUAUGUUAAUGAUGUUCUUCAUGGCAGUGUUGACAACAGCUCAGGGUCCUACCUGCUGGGGGACCUGCUGCCUUUUACUGUCUACAACAUACAGGUGAAGGUGUGUACUGUAUAUGCAUGUGUGGGGAGUAAUGUUACUCCGACAACUACUGUGGAGGACCUGCCUGCCGACCUGGCUGCUCCCCAUGCACAAGUGAUUGCUCCCAGGGUGGUGAGGUUGGACUGGUCUCAUCCGGGCAGACCCAGUGGGAUCAUGCUGGGCUAUGAGGUCUUAAGACGGACCCUGAGGUCAUGUGUCGUUGGGUCAACAGGGGUCACAUCCUCUGUCGGGGAGCAGUCAGCAGGUGCAGGUGGUGUAAGAUGUUCCUACCUGCAGUGUCCUGCCAGUCAUGGUGUGUGUGGGGUGUCAUGCUUCGAACCUGACAUUCAGGUUUGCUGCAGUGGACUAUUGUACACUAAGAAACCACAUCACCAUUGCUGUGAGGGCAGUUACCUGAGUUUGAGUAAUACUUCCAAUCCGGCCUGUUGCAAUGGCAAACUGCUCCCAGCCCUGCCUGACCACCAGUGUUGUGGAGGAUACUACGUUCAUGUAAAAACCAAUGAAAACUGCUGUCCUGACCACUCGCAGGGACGGGUCUCAGUGGGGCUGGGUGACAGCUGCUGUGGGGGGUUUCCUUACUCAGUGAAAGGCGGCCAGCUCUGCUGUAGUGGGAGCCUCCAUGAUGGCUAUGGGGUCCAAUGCUGUGGAGGCCGGAUUGUAGACGAUACGCUGGUGUGCUGCGGUGAUGCUGAGAGGGGGGAAGUGUACACAUAUGCCUCAGGUUUCAUCUGCUGUGGUCAGGAGUAUAUCAACUCUUCAACAUCUCUUUGCUGUGUGGGCAAUGACAGAUAUCCCACAAUGCACCCUGCUGGCAAUGCCACAGUGACAUUAAAGUGCUGUGGGUCAAAGGUCAUACAUCUGGAAGAGGAAUGCUGCAACGAGAUUGGUUAUGACCCCCAACGACACGUGUGUGCUGACCGACCCACACUGGGCCUGUUAAUACAGCACCAGUGUUUGCGAGGCGUCGUGUGUCCUGUAGCUGCAGCAUCUACAGCUUACUGUGGUGCCUGUGACCUCGAUCCAUCUAUGACUGCCUGCACAUGGGUCCUGUCUGCGCACACACACCCUGACACACCUUCCACAACAUACUCGCCUUCCAUCAACACAACUACGGACCUGUCUACACAUACAAACAGAAGCGAUAACACACACAAAAUGACAGAUUCAUACAGUCACACGCACAUAGAGAAUCUGCAACAUGGAGGAAGCCUGUGCCCGUCGCAUGAGGAGGUAGUGUACAGCGGAGAUGCCGACAGAUACACCUAUACAGACUCUGACCUGGAGCCCUUCACCACCUAUGAGUACAGAGUGAGGGGCUGGAACAGCUUUGGACGAGGCUCGAGUCAUGUUACAACAGUGACUACCAGUGAGGACAAACCAUGGGGGUUGGCACCGCCCCGUUGGAGUCGGUUAGGUGAACGAGACGACAUCAUCCAGCUGCAAUGGCAACCACCUGCCAGGCCUAAUGGGGACAUCACCCACUAUGUUAUACUGCGGGAUGGGCAAGAACGUUACCGUGGUGAUGAAAACAGUUUCAGUGAUGUGGGUGGGAUCAGGCCUUUCCAAGAAUACAGUUACCAGCUGAGGGUCUGUAACCGGGCUGGUUGUACCGACAGUACACAGGUGGUGGCAGCGACAGUCCGAGGAGUCCCAGAAGGCGUGCAGCCUCCAGUGGUAACAGCUUUAAGCCCCUCCUCCCUCCAUGUGAGCUGGACUGAACCUACUGGUCCCAGUGGAGUCAUACAGCGGUACCACCUAAACCAGACUGGUGUUGGAACCAUAUUUACACACAAUGAUGGGCCCAGAAAUUAUACUGUGACUGGUUUGCAGCCAUACAAAGACUACAGUUUUGUGCUGGUGGCCUGUACAGCUUUCGGAUGUGGAGCCAGUUUACCUUCCACUGGACGCACCCUGCAAGCCUCCCCUGCUGGUGUAUGGUCGAGGCCCAUUCAUCUGAUAAUAAACACAUCUGCGGUGGAGCUGUACUGGGAUCAGCCACUCCAGCCUAAUGGACACAUCUCCCAGUACAGACUGAACAGAGACGGUCACACUAUUUUUACCGGAGACCACCGUGACCAGAAUUAUACUGAUACUGGACUCUUGCCAAACCACAGGUAUGUGUAUGUACUGAUGGCCAGUACAGGUGGUGGGACUAGUGUGAGUGAUGAAUAUGUUGUACAGACACCAGUCUCUUGCCCCACUGGAAUCUCACCUCCCCACAAUGUGACAGUGUCAGACCCCAACUCCAUCUCUCUAGCCUGGACUCCUCCUGCUCAGCUCACCAGCAGCCAGCCUGUAAACUACAACAUCCUGUUAAAUCUGGGAAGUGACAGAGCCAUAAUGCAUCAUGCUGGGCAAGACCUGCACCUCAGUGUGACAGGUCUAGAGUCAUUCACCACCUACUACAUCAGAGUGCAGGCCUGUCAAAUUGAGGACUGUGGAGUAGGAGGAGGUGUUUAUGUUCAGACUUUAGAGACCGCCCCAGAAGAUCUGCAGCCUCCCAGAGUGAAGGCAGCUGGAGCCAACGUCCUUGAGAUUCACUGGUCGCCCCCCCAAAAACCCAAUGGACUCAUCACAUCUUACCAUAUAUACAGACGACCUGUAGGAACAGAGGAAGAGCUGCUGGUGUUUAUCUGGUCCAGUGGGCCGCUUGAAUUUUUUGAUGCCAGCCCUGCUCUGCGACCUUUCAGCUACUACCAGUACAGGGUUCGUGCCCACAACUCCAAAGGCUCAGUUCUGAGCCAAUGGACUUUAGCUCAGACCUUGCAGGCAGAACCACAAGAUAUGGCCCAUCCCACUGUCACAGCUACCGGUGCAUACUCAGCCCAUCUAAAAUGGAGUGAACCGGCACAGCCCAAUGGUCUCAUUUCCCAUUAUAGACUGGUUUACAAGAAGCACCAACAGGACCCCACACUCAACUCAGCUGCUGUUACUGCUCUCACUGUGGAGGGUUCAGUCCUAGAAGCGCCAGUCUAUGGUCUUGAACCGUACAGUGAGUAUAGUCUACGAGUGGAAGCUGUGAAUGAUGCAGGUAUCGUGUCCAGUCCAUGGGUAGGCAUUAGGACCCUGGAGGCUUCUCCAUCUGGGCUGGCUAACUUCACAGUGGAGCAGAGAGAGCAGGGCAGGGCGUUACUGCUGAGCUGGGAUCAGCCAAGUGCUCCAAAUGGGAUCAUCACGAUGUAUAACUUGUACAGUGAGGGGAACCUGGAAUUCAGCGGUCUAUCGCGCAACUUCCUGUUUCGUCGUCUAGAGCCAUGGACCACAUAUUCUUUGACUCUUGAAGCUUGUACCUCAGCGGGAUGCACACGCACCCCACCUCAGCAGGUAACCACAGCAGCAGCUCCACCUGCUUCACAGCCUCCUCCAAGGCCUCUCUUCGUUGGCCCAAACAGUGUGUCUCUCACAUGGGCACCACCCUCCCAGCCUAAUGGGCCAAUUGGAGAGUACUUCUUACUUGGGAGAAGUCUAGAGGAAGUCGGGAGGGGAAGAAGUAAUGAAGAGGGUACUGAAAAGGGAAAGGUGUUGUUCAGGAAAACAUCCCCACAACAUGCUGACUCGUUGUCAUACACAGUGACAGGUCUGCGUCCCUGGACGGAGUACGAGUUCAGUGUCCGUACUCACAACCCAGCUGGACACACCCAAAGUCCCUGGGUAACUGUGACAACCAGACAGGCCCCUCCUCGUGGGCUGGCUGCCCCAACAGUGCAUCACCUUCAAGGCCAGCCCAGUGAGGUGUUGGUUUCCUGGACUCCUCCUUUGGAGCCCAAUGGGAUACUUCAGUCUUACAGGAUUCAGAGAAACAAUGUCAGUUUCUCAUUUAGUUUUGACCCGACUGUCCUCACCUACACCGAUGAAGACCUCUUGCCAUUUUCCACAUAUAGCUACUCAAUCCUAGCUUGCACAUCUGAGGGAUGCAUCAAGAGCCCUUAUACAAACAUCACAACUCUAGAGGCUCCACCUGCCACAGUGCAAGCUCCCACAGUGAACAGCUUCACAUCCAAUAGUAUAAACAUUUCUUGGAGCAAACCACUCACACAGAAUGGAGAGGUGACCGAAUAUGUGCUGAAUCUGAACAACGAAGAAGCUUAUCGUGGGAGAGACCAAAACAUAGCGUUGUCAGAUUUGCAGCCACACACGUCUUAUCAGCUGGUCCUUUUAGCUUGUACCAAUGGCGGGUGCACAACCAGUGCCACAGUGUCCACUGUAACUGAGGAGGCUCCCCCCACUGGGUUACCUGCCCCAACUCUUAAGGUCACUGGCCCAGAGUCAGUAGAGGUUAGCUGGAGACCACCAGAGCACCCUAAUGGUAUCAUCACCGGGUAUGAGCUCCGCAGAGAUGGUGAAGUUAUCUAUGUUGGCACAGAGACCCAUUACCACGACUUCACACUAUUGCCAAGCGUGCAAUAUAGCUACGUUGUCAGUGCCAACAAUAGCAAAGGGGCAGUAAGCAGCGCAGCAGGCACGGCAAAGACUCACCCAUCUACUCCUUCUGGUGUCGGUCUCCCCACACUGAUGCCACUGGGACCAGGCCAGGUGAGAGUCGAGUGGAGCCCUCCAGCCCGUCCUAAUGGAGACAUUGUGAGUUACACUGUGCAUCAAAGAGAUCCAGUCCAGCUCAGCAUCACCAGCACUGUGUUCACUCCAGAGGACAAUGACUUCUCUAACCGUUACACCACUCUGCAUGGGCUGGUUGCUUACCACAGGUAUGAAGUGAGAGUUGAGGCUUGCACAGCGCUGGGUUGCUCCUCUAGUGACUGGUCACCUGUACUCACUCUCGAGGCUCCCCCUGCUGGACAAACAGCGCCACUGUUAGCCCUCCAAGCUGACACACACACUGGCCUGCAGACCACCUUUCUACUCACCUGGGCCCCUCCAGCUCAGCCAAAUGGUAGAGUCCUGCAUUAUGAGGUGUACCGCAGACUGGACCAUACCACUGACAUCAACAGAAGUGAUCCACCAACACUUGUCUACAGCAAUAUCUCUACUACUUGCAAAGAUGAGGCACUCCAGCCAUAUACUGUAUAUCAAUACCAGGUGUGGGCAGUGAAUUCAGCUGGUCAUUCUAAAAGUGCGUGGGCCAGUGAGAGAACGGGACCUGCCCCACCUGAGGGUGUACGGCCGCCUAUUUUCCUGAGUGUUUCAGCGACUUCAGCAGUAGUGGACAUCCGUCCUCCAGCCCGACCCAACGGAAUUGUUACCCUUUACAGAGUGUUCUCACUGAACCUCAGCAACCACACUCUGCUCUCAGAGGGUACAUCCCACCAGCAGACACUGCAUGGUUUACAUCCUUACACUCAGUACCGGGUAGGAGUAGAGGCCUGCACCUGUUAUCAGUGUUGUAGUCAGGGCCCACUGAGUGAGCUCCACACCCUGGCUGCGCCCCCAGCCCACCAGCCUCCUCCUCGCCUCGUCACCCUGACCUCCCGCUCUGUUCAGCUGGAAUGGGAUGAGCCUAUGUCACCUAAUGGAGUCAUUGAAAGCUAUGUGCUGCAUCUCAGAUCAGCCUGUCCGCAGCCCCUCCAGCCUGUGCCCCUCCCUUGCGUUGAAGGACCAAUAGAAGUCUGUUACUUUGGCAAAAGCCAGAGCUACAAUGUGACAGGUCUCCAACCAUACUCCACCUAUGAGCUGAGAGCUGCCUGCUUCAACAGCAUGGGUAGUACUGCCUCCAACUGGACUACUGUGAACACACUCAGCGAAGCCCCCCAGUAUGUGUCUCCUUUCUCAAUUGACAGUAACCUGACAGUUAUCUGGCUGGACUGGGCGGGGUCCUUCUCUCUUAACGGCUACCUGAAGGAGUAUAGUGUGACUGAGAGCCAGCUGAGGGUCUAUACUGGUUUCUACAGCUAUCUCCAUAUUCCACGCACAUCACAGAAAACUCUGUCAUUUCAGGUGACUUGUACCACAAACACUGGCAGUGCCAGUAGCCCCAUCAUCAGAUAUAGCCCUGCCACAGGACUAGAUCCUGCUGAGCCUGAAGACAAUGGUCAACAGGGUGUCAGUAUGUCAGCAGAACCAGUUUACUCUGAGCUGUGGUUCAUCUUGUUGUUAGUCUUGCUGGGUCUGUUUCUACUAGCCAUUCUGCUGGGUCUAGUUCUGCGAAGAGCCCUGAGGAAAAAUCCUUCAGCCAGAGAGCGCCCUCCACUGGUCAUGCUUCAGAAGACCCGGAAGGCUGGGGGAGAGACGUACAUGAGGCCCUGUCCUGAGUUGUGCUCUAAACAUCACUCCAGCUCCGUGCUUCUCCCUGAUCGUCCCACAGGUCUGACAGACACAAAGAUAGUCAGCGGCAUGUCCGUCCUGCGAGUUCCCAGCCAAACAGACCUCAGUCACGCCUACUCCCAGCAUUCCCUGCACCGCAGCAUCAGUCAACUGAUUGACAGGAAGUCACUGAUGAUGGAAGAAGGAAGCUGGGACAACCCACUGGGACAAGAUUCUGGACUGUAUGUGGAAGACGAUGAGUUUGUGGACGCCAUCAAGUCCUUAAAUUCUGUGAAAUCAGAGCACGCCAUGUUCACUGACACGCAUCUGUAAGACAAGACCCCCACACGUAAUCAGGUAUCACAGUCAAAAUUCAGGCCUAGCUUCAAACCAAGAGAGUGAAAAAAAAAAAACUGUCUAACGAAUUGAUCAGUAUGGAAAAAAUAUUUAAAUUUACAUUUUUUUAAAUUGUAUUGGGACAGUAUUAAUAAUGUUUUAAUGAUGUUCAAAUCCAAGGUUGUAAAAGAAAGCCAGACCCAAAGACCUGUUGUUACAAUGGAAUAAUAAUGCUUGUUUUGUUGCAGCAUUCAUUUGAAACUACAACGUAUAUUAAAAAAAAAUGUGUCUUCUCGUUUUACCCCACUCUCACCCUCUAGGAAUUAAUCAUCUUAAUUUGAGUACAGGGAUCCAGCAUACAAGAAUACAGUUCAGAUAUGGACCCAGUCAGUUGUGAUUGUGUAGGUUGUUAGUUAAAAAGCUGCAGUAUUUUGAAUGUGUUCAUAUCUGGAUUGUAUCGUAUGUUAUAACUGAAAUCCUGCUCAGAUUAAGAACCAGAUCAGUCCUUAAAUGACGCAAAACACACUGACUGAAUGUUCUGGAUGUAUUAUAAAUCACUGUCAAUGCUUGCCAACUGUUGUAGUUUAGUAGGUUUGCUUCUCACUAUUCAGAAUCAAAGCAGAGAUCAGUUCCAGUGAAUAGUUUCAGUCGCCUCUUCUGCUUUAACAAGUAAUUGUGCCUAGUAAGCUUACACAUUAUCAGCAGCAAUAGUCCUUUACACAUGGCCUUGGUGUUAGUUUUAUGACAAAAAAAAAUGCCAACUGUUUUUUUUUUGUUUUUUUUUAACAUGUGGCUGGGAAUCACAGAUGUGCCGUCUGAUUGUUGUGAUGUAACUUGAAAGCCCAAUUUGAGAUUAUUGAUGGACAGUUUACCGCAAGGUAAACUCAGAAGGAGGUGGACAUAAUGAAUUUGUGUAGUAAAGCUGAAUGAAAGCUGGGUUUGAUUUCAUAGUUUAUCUGUCAACAACAAAAAGAAAUGUCUGUAAUGAAGCAGGAAUGAACCGUGGUUUAUAUUUGGAUUGCACAGAUUGGGCUUUUAAUUUUUUUUUAGAAGCUAAAGAUAUUAGAAGCAGUAUUUUAUCAGAAGUUGUUGAAUUUCUGUGUAAUGUUGAUGGCUUUUUGUGUACAAAAUUGAAGUCUACUGUAUUGUUAUAAAAACCUUUUCUUUUUUACACUGGCAGUAUUAUUUAUGGUUGUUGUAUAAAAAAAUCUUAUUUAUAGAUGAUUCAUUGAUCAAUGUUUGUGCUUUUCUGGGAAA